AUGCCACCCAAGCGUAUCCUCGUCGAGAAGGCCGGCGGCUCGCGCCGAGGAGCCCCGAAGGGCAUCGUCAGAACCACAUACGAUACCCUGACAUCACCCGAGAACCGCCCGGUUGUCACCAGUAUUGCUGCGUUCGGCACCGCCGUCACAUUCCUCUCCAGCGCUUGGGCAGAAUUCCUUCUCGUUCCGCAAUAA